CUCGGGCAUGGAGGAGCCCGCGCACAGUUUCGGCGCGGGUUUCGGCGCGGAGGGCUGGCUGCGGCGGCAGGAUUCCCAAAAGCCAUGUUGUCAGAAGCUUUGCUGGUGUCUGCUCCGGGGAAAGUCAUCCUUCAUGGAGAACAUGCUGUGGUGCAUGGCAAGGUAGCACUGGCAGCUGCCUUGAACUUGAGAACGUUCCUGCGGCUUCAACCACAGAGCAAUGGGAAAGUCAGCCUCAGUUUACCCAACAUUGGUAUCAAACAGGCCUGGGAUGUGUCCAGGCUUCAGUUGAUGGACACGAGCUUUUUAGAGCAAGGUGACUUCAUAGCACCCUCCCCGGAGCAAAUGGAGAAGCUAAAGGAGGCAGCGGGCGUCCCUGAGAACCACACCGCCACCGAGCUCCUGGCUCUGCUGGCCUUCCUGUACUUAUAUCUGGCCAUCUGCCGGAAGCAGAGGGUUCUGCCAAGCCUGGACAUUGUGGUGUGGUCGGAGUUGCCCACUGGGGCAGGUUUGGGCUCCAGUGCCGCCUACUCGGUGUGUAUGGCAGCUGCCCUUCUGACGGCAUGUGAGGCGAUCUCAAACCCGCUGAGGGAUGGAGAGCGCGUCGGCAGGUGGGCCGAGGCGGAUCUGGAGUUAAUUAACAAGUGGGCCUUUCAGGGGGAGAGAGUGAUCCACGGGAACCCCUCCGGGGUGGACAACGCCGUCAGCACCUGGGGAGGAGCGCUGCGCUACCAGCAAGGGAAGAUGGCGGCCUUGCAGAGGCCCCCUGUUCUCCAGAUCCUGCUGACCAACACCAAAGUUCCACGCAGCACCAAGUCCCUCGUGGCUGGUGUCAGGAGCAGGCUGAUGAAGUUCCCAGAGAUCGUGGGCCCCCUCCUGACCUCCAUAGACGCCAUCUCCCUGGAGUGUGAGCACGUGCUGGGGGAGAUGGCCGUGGCCCCAGCCCCAGAGCAGUACCUCGUGUUGGAGGAGCUCAUGGACAUGAACCAGCACCACCUGAAUGCCCUGGGCGUGGGCCACGCCUCCCUGGACCAGCUCUGCCAGGCGACAGCGGAGCGGGGGCUGCACAGCAAGCUCACGGGCGCAGGCGGCGGCGGCUGUGGCAUCACUCUUCUGAAGCCAGGUGUGGAGCGGGCCACGGUGGAAGCCACCAAGCAGGCCCUGACCGGCUUCGGCUUCGAUUGCUGGGAGACCAGUCUUGGUGCUCCAGGGGUCUCCGUCCACUCGGCCACCUCCCUGGACGUCCCUGUGCAGCAAGCCCUGGGCUGCCUCUGACACGGGCCUGUGGCUGCAGAGAUUUUUCUGGGGCUGGAGUUGGCCAGUGGCCCCCAGCUCAGUCCUUGGCAGGCCUUCCACUCUUCGUACUGGCCUUCCUGCCCGCCCUGGGAGGCACAUCUGCACUCUGCUAGGCAGCAGGGCCUAGCAGGGGCUCAGGAAUCUACUACCCAGGCCUGGCCUUCAUCUGGGAGCUGUCUGGCCCCAGGGCUAGCCAUGUGGACGCAGGGCUGGAGCCUGGCCCCCAAGCUGUGUGCCUGCUUUCUGGAUCUGGCUCUCUACUGCCCCCUGGCCUCCGGGGCUGGAGUCUUCCACCUCCUCUGAAAGCAGCCUUGUUCCCCUCCCUCCCAUCCCACGUUCCAUGGGUUGGAGUCGUUCAGCACUGCUUGUGUGUGGCCUGCCCUCCUGGGUAGCAAGCUGGGCCCAGGGGCUGUGCCAGGCCGAAAGAUUGGCUGAGUGAAGGCAGGGCAGACCUGCCUUCUCGUGUGUACUUAAGGGUUUGGCAGGCAAGAUGGUGGUGGAGAAUAAAAGGAAAUGCCCAU